AUUUUAAAAUAAAUUCUAAGUCGGUCCGUGGCAGUUGACGAUGAUGUUUCUGCUCAAGAGUGGCCUGAGGAAGGCGCCAUCGGUGCUGCAGGUGCUGUGCAAGCCGAGCCAGAGCCUGCUGUACCCCGCGGUGGGCGCCACGCGGUCCAUGGACACGCUGUAUGGCGGCGACUCGUGCGAGGACUGUGUGGACAGCUACCCCGUACUGAAGGUGCGCAAGGACCUGAAGAGAAUGAAGGCGCCGGAUACCACGCGAAUGCCCGAUGCCUGCUGGCAGUCGCUGCGGCGCACCGAGUUCAAGUGCCGCACCGAUCCGGAGUUCAGUGUUGGCUCCUUCAUCACGGAGCGCAAGAAAUGCCUGGCGGACCCGUGUGCGCUGGAUUAUCCAGCCACGGAUCUAAAGUACUACCGGCCGGGGGACAAGCUGAAGCGCAAGUAUCAACGCACCUGGGUCGAGUGUGUGGUGAAGCGGCGCAAGCGCAAGGCCAAGUGUUAUUACAUGCCGCUGAAGUUCAAGCGGCGCAAGCGCAAGCAGCCCAAGUCCAGGACCGUCUGCAAAAUGGUGCCCUGCAAUGCGGGUGCGCCCAAACUGAAUCUGAUGGGCUGCACCAAGUCGAUGGGCGGGCCCUGUCCGAAGAUAACGAUGCCCUACUGCAAGGAGGUCUACAGCUCGACGAGGUGCAAGGUGGGCACACGGAAACCUGGCCAGUGCCGCAAGCGCUUGACCAAGUAUCCGAGCUUCUCGGAGUGCUUGAUAGAUCCGCUGCCGGAGGCUCCACCCACCGAGUGCAAGUGCCUGGAGCGACCGUCCAUGUGCUCCGUCUGGGAGUACUAUCGUCACAGGAAAUAUUAGAAAGGAUCCGCUCAUCCGCCAAAUAAAGAACACUUACAGAGCCACAAAA